AUUUUGAAAUGUCGCCCGUUUGUUGAAUGCAGGACAUCUCUUCACUAUCCGCAGUGUUUUUGAGCUCGUGUGCAGGAUGGAUUCCCAUGGAAGUCAGUGCACCUGUAGUGCCCAUCGCUCCACACCAAGCGUGCAUCAAACUCUGGAGGAGAUGGACUUUGAGAGAGGUAUUUGGUCAGCUGCAAUGGAUGGAGAUGUGGAGAGAGUCAGGGCAUUUAUUAAAAAAGGGAUUGAUCCAAAUAUGAGGGACCAGGCAAACUACAGUGCUUUGCAUUAUGCUAGUCGAGCAGGUAAGCUGUCAGUGUGUGAGUUACUCCUGGACUGUGGCGCUUGUGUGAACGCCCAGACUCGUGGUGGGGCAACCCCGCUUCAUAGGGCGGCUUACUGCGGCCACCACAAUGUGCUCAAGCUACUGCUAGACCGUGGGGCCGAUCCAUGUCUGACUGAUGAUGAUGGAUCAACACCGCUUCAUAAGGCUGCUGAACAGAGGCAUUUCACGGUUUGUGAGUUGUUGGCGAACCGCUUCCCAGCCUUGCGAGUUGUGAAGAACAAAAGAUCACACACGCCUUUCGAUCUCUGCCCAGAGGAGGACAGAGUUUGGGAAUUUUUGAGACCACCACAAUGACCCGAUCUAACUUAGUCUGUAAUGCCUUUUCAUUAAGGUUUAUGAAGAACAUUUUCAAAAACAGCCUUGUAAAUCAGUGUGACUCAUGGCUGAAAAGAGAAAUAGUCGCUAAAAUUGGUCACACAAGCCUUUCCUCAUGUUGUGAGAGCCUACAAGAGUCGAUUCACUGCCACCAAAUGUGACCAGAUCAACAAAAAGACUUGAAUCCGUGGCACAUUUUAGCUGCAUGUCAACUCUACAUGGAGUGAACAAGGUUUGUCUGGUGAGCAUUAGCAGUUAGCUGCUGCUAGUAGAUGUUUUAACUACACCAUUCAAUGAUCAAAAAAUCUAUGCAUUCACAGUUUUACCACACUGAUGGUCUUCUCUACAGAGAGACUGUGCUUUAUGUUUUCUCCAGUAGAGGGUGAUAGAGUCCUGCUAAUGUUCACUGAAUAAGGAAAACCAGGAUUGAUGUUUCUGAAGAACUUCAUAAACAGCUGUUUCCAGCACCAGAUAAGUAAAUCCUAUAUGAAGUUGACGAACUGCUUUAAAAAGUUUUCAUUGCACACACUAGUUACAGUACAGAUCAGUGCUGAAUUAUCACUGUAUAGCAAAAGAGUGAUCCAGUGCAAAGCAAACCACGUUUUAUGUGGUUGUCACAUCAAAUAACAACGUGUCUAAAAACAUGGUUCAGAACAAUGUUGUGUUGUACUUGUACUUGAUCAGCACAUUUUGCCCUGCUGUACUGUAGAUUCUAGUGAUACACAUGGUAGCAAACACAUCUGGAAAACUACAGUACUACAGUGUUUCUGAAAUCAACUGUCUGGACUUUUCUGAUCUGGUGUAAAUCUGAUUCAGAGAUUCUUUGCCUUCAGUUAUAUUGUCUGCUAUAACAUAAAACAUGCUUUUUGCAUAUUAAAAAUAAAACCUGAAGCUGUAGUUUUUGACAAUACUUUUGUCAGGUAUACCUUACCCAAGUUAAGUGUUUUGUUCUUCCUUCAUAUUUAAAUAAUUUUAAAUAUAUAAAAUAUUUGCCUCGUAUUCUGUUGGUUUAAUUGAACUUUUGGUUAAUUAAAAACAAAUAUCCCUGCUAGACAUCACUUUUGGCCACUACUGUAAAACCAGACCAUCAUGUCCAGAUCCUAGGUUGCCUACAUGGAUGUCAAGAAUCUACUGAAAUGAGUUCUCUUUCUUAUUUUUUUUUUAGUUUGCUCUUGAACCGUUUUAAUCCACUUGAAUGCUUAAACUUGCAAAGUUUAAAACGCAUACAGAUGAUCUGAUGAUAAACAUGAAUUCAAGUUCUCAGACUCUACCGGUUUAUCGUUUCUGACACUGUGAAAAGGAAGUGUGCUUAUUGUACUGAAUAUGUACUGUAAUGUACUUCAAAUCUUAAAAGUAUAUUUUAAUGCAAAUAUUUUGCAUUCCCAGAGAAGCUCUGCGCUCUCAAAAUUUAAUAUUUGAGUUCUUUGCGAGUGAAGGCAAGGUUUCUUGGGGAGCGCAAAACUUGUAUAAUUUUCCUCCUAUCUAAUUUUUUUUCCCAUCACCAUGUCCCUUUAGUGCCUCCAUAGGGGUCUGAUUGUUUCAAGGAAAUUGAAAAUGGAAGAGAGUGUUUGUUAAUGUUUUCUUUCUCUUCAAAUAAAAGCUCUUAAAGUGACCCACAUUGACUCUUCUACCUGUUGUUCUUUAUCUAGCAGCCUAUACAUUGGGAAAUGAAAAACCCCAUUUGGAGCUGGUAAUCCAGAUUUGGUAACCUUUUCUGGGUGCUCAAAACGCUUUUCAUACGGAAGGGGGAAUCUCCUUAACCACCACCAAUGUGCAGCAUCCACCUGGAUGAUGCAACGGCAGCCAUAUUGCGUCAGAACGCCCACCACACACCAGCUUAUUGGUGGAGAGGAGACAGAGUGAUGAAGCCAAUCAGUGUAUGAGGAUGAUUAGGAGGCCAUGAUGAUGGACAGAGGCCAAUGGACAAAUUUUGGCCAGGAUGCCGGGGUUACACCCCUACUCUUUUCUAAGGACAUCCUGGGAUUUUUAAUGACCACAGAGAGUCAGGACCUCGGUUUAACGUCUCAUCCGAAGGACGGUGCUUUUUGACAGUAGGAUCAGGUUGAUCCAGUUCAGUUUUGCUUUGAAAAACCAGCACAAGCGUAAGAUGGAUUACUUGAUCCUGGAUAGCAGAACAUGGGAUUUCCAAAUGUAGAUAAUCCAGAUUAAACUUUUUGAACAACUGGGCCCAGGGAAAAAGCGAAAAGUGAUAUUUGGUUUUAGUCAUAUACCUAACAAAACAGGUUUAAACCGGAAAACAUGAUUUUCAAUUAUUCCAAUAUAAAAAUGCACUUUAAAUAAAA